AUGGAGGUGUUGCAGUCUAGCCUGGGCUCCUUGAGGGUGCAGGCGCAGGAUUACACCGAUCAUUCCUGCGAAAGUGUGCGAAGUGAACUGGAGCAGAAUCUGCAGGCAGUGAAGGGUGACCUGCAGACAGUGAAGGACGAGCUGGAGAAGGACCUGCAGGCGCUGUGGGAUGAGGUGAGAGACAUAAGGAGUGAAACAGUUUGGCGCCAACCGGAUAUGGCGACAAGGGGUGUUUCGGGAGCCCUGGGAGUGUCGCUUCUGCCCCUCCUGAUGCCGUGGGCGGGGACUGUGGCCUUGUUGGAGCAGCGGGCCCGUGGAGGGCUUCUGGUGGCCCACCAGCGGCCUCGCGGCCUUUGGGAAACGCGGGUUUGUUGGCGUCAAGUUUCCCGCCAUCUUUCCUCGCUUCCCUGUCCAGCAUGGCGCGCGCUGUCUUUGUCACCUCCACCCUCACCACUUCGCUCGCCUUUCCCCCACUUCAAGUCUCACAAGCCUGCCGAGUACGACGGUAAGGUAGCCUGGGAGUCCUAUGCUGCCCAGGGCUGGGACCAGGCUGAGAAGGCCUUGCAGCUGGCCACAGCUCUCAGGGGUCCAGCUAUUGAGGUUUUUAGCCACCUCCCGCCAACGCAACGUGCUCCCCCUGACAUUGCUGAUGCACUGCGUCGUCACUUCAGGCACCGCCACCAGGCUGAGGUGUAUCGUGCCCAGCUGAAGAAGAUGACGAGGCAGAAGGGCGAGACGCUGUCCCAGCUGGCCCAUGACGUAGAGGCACUGGUGAGAAGGGCGUAUCCAAUGGCCGGUGAGGAAAUGGUCACCGUGUUGGCACGUGAUGCCUUCCUGGAUGCCUUGGUGGACCACCAGCUGCAGAUUUAUGUGAGUCAGGCACACCCAGCUGACGUGCAAGUGGCUUUAGCUCGUGCAAUGGAGUUUGAGGCCUUCAUGCAGACCGCAAGCUCCCCGUUUAGCUUCGCCCGGCCCCACAGUGACGUGAGAGGACGCAAGGCUCAAGUGAAGGGGAGGCCAGCAUCACGUGCGGCGAGCCCGGGAGCGUUCAGCGGGCGGUGCUGGCAGUGCGGUGAGAAGGGGCACGUGAGAGGCCGAUGCCCGAGGGAGCAAAGGGUGCGCUCUCUCAACCGGCCUGAUCGUGUCGCCUUUCAGCACUGCUGCGAGGACUGCGGCGGGGCUGGACACCGCUCCAGCGCUUGUCCCAGCCCGAAGGAGGUAGUGUCAGCGAGAAACGACUACAGGCUGAAGGCAGGGCCGCCUCUCAGCCAGCCAAAACUCCAGUGCCCUGGCUUGUGUGAAGUGUCACUACACUGUUGGCAGCGCGCAGGUGAGAGGCGCCGUGGACGGGAGGCCAUGUCGCAUGACUGUGGACAGCGGCGCAGAUCACACGCUGGUGCGGCCAGGGCUGGUGGAGGCUGAGUGGUUGCUAGACUCGCCUCAACAGCUGUGUGGAGUAACGGGGGACUGCAUGUCGCUGCGGUCCAGUGAACGCUCGUGUGUUUCGUGCUGGUGUGCUCCGGAGCCUGACAACGAAGCUGACGCAGCCAGUCAAAGCUGAUAACCAAGGCUGAGAAGGUAACAGUAUGUACCUUAAC